CUCACGCGCGCGACGCGUGACGUCUCCCCGCACGGCGCCUGACGUCACCGCCGCCGCCGCUGCCGCCGAGAGCGAAAGGGGCGGCGGAGCAAAGAUGGCCUCGCUGAGCAACGGGCUGGGCCCGGACAACGGCGGCGUCAACAACGGCGGCGGCGGCAUCAGCAGCAGCGGCGGCAGCAGCAGCAGCAUCGGCAGCGUACACGGCCCCGUCAACGGCCUGAGCCACGGGCACAACACGAUCCCCAUGAAAGACCAGGACGCCAUCAAACUCUUCAUCGGCCAAAUCCCGCGCAACCUGGAGGAGAAGGACCUGAAGCCGCUCUUCGAGGAGUUCGGCAAGAUCUACGAGCUCACCGUCCUCAAGGACCGCUUCACGGGCAUGCACAAAGGCUGCGCCUUCCUCACGUACUGCGCGCGGGACUCGGCUCUCAAGGCUCAGAGCGCCCUGCACGAGCAGAAGACACUGCCGGGGAUGAACAGACCCAUCCAGGUGAAGCCAGCAGACAGCGAGAGCCGAGGAGACCGCAAGCUGUUCGUGGGCAUGCUGAGCAAGCAGCAGGCCGAGGAGGAGGUGAGGAGGAUGUUUGAGGCGUUCGGCUCCAUCGAGGAGUGCACCAUCCUGCGCGGACCGGACGGCAACAGCAAAGGCUGCGCGUUCGUGAAGUUCUCCAACCACGCCGAGGCUCAGGCGGCCAUCAACGCGCUCCACGGGAGCCAGACCAUGCCGGGUGCGUCCUCCAGUCUGGUGGUGAAGUUCGCGGACACGGACAAGGAGCGAACUCUGCGCCGCAUGCAGCAGAUGGCCGGCCAGCUGGGCAUCUUCAACCCCAUGGCGCUGCAGUUCGGCGCCUACGGGACGUACGCCCAGGCGCUGAUGCAGCAGCAGGCCGCGCUCAUGGCCGUGGCCCAGGGCGGCUACAUCGCCCCCGUCUCCGCCUUCUCCGCCGCCCAGAUGCAGCAGAUGGCGGCGAUGAACAUGACAAGUUUGGGCGCUCCGCCGAUGACUCCCACGUCAGGGGGCAGCACCCCCCCCGGGAUCGGCUCGUCGGGCGUGCCGGCACUCGCGCCGCCCCCCAUGAGCCUCAACGGCUUCACGGCGCUGCCCCCCCAGCACAACGGCCAGCCCGAGGCCCUGUACAGCAACGGUCUGCACCCCUACCCAGCUCAGAGCCCCACUGCUGCAGACCCCAUGCAGCAGGCGUACGCCGGCAUACAGCAGUACACAGCGACGUACCCAGCUGUCUAUGGACAAAUCAACCAGAGCUUCCCACACCCGGGCACAGUGCUGCCUCAACAACAGAGAGAAGGCCCCGAGGGCUGCAACCUCUUCAUCUACCACCUGCCGCAGGAGUUUGGCGACGGGGAGCUCACGCAGAUGUUCCUCCCGUUCGGCAGCGUCAUCUCCUCCAAGGUGUUCGUGGACAGAGCCACCAACCAGAGCAAGUGCUUCGGGUUCGUGAGUUUUGAUAACCCGGGCUCUGCCCAGGCUGCGAUCCAGGCCAUGAACGGCUUUCAGAUCGGAAUGAAGCGGCUCAAGGUGCAGCUCAAGCGACCCAAGGACGCCAACCGCCCCUACUGAGACGCACACUCACCAGGGAGACGUUAUGGAACAGCAGCUUCUGACCCCCGCACGGGGUAACCCCUCCUCCCUCCCCCGCUGGGGUAACCCCUCCUCCCUCCCCCGCUGGGGUAACCCCUCCUCCCUCCCCCGCUGGGGUAACCCCUCCCCUCCCCCGCAGGGGUGACCCCUCCCCCGACGGGAUAGCCCCUCCCCCUCACGGGGCAUCCCCUUCCCCCCCACGGGGUAACUCCUAUCCAGGGUAACCAAUCCCCUCCUGGGGAUCGCCCAUCCCUAUUUUACGGGGUAACUCCUCCCCCUAUGGGGUAACCCCCUUCCUUCGGCUUAGCCCCUCCCCUCCCCUACUCCGUAUAGUAUCCCCUGCCCCCUCUCCCUUGUAUGGGGUAACCUUUACCCCUUUGAGAUAACCCCUUCCUCUCUAUGGGGUAACCCCUCCCCCAUGGAGUCUUGCUCCCCGCCCCGCCCCCUUCCCAGGGGUCCCCCCCCCGAGUCCCCCACAGGGUACCGCCCCCACCCCGGGGCUCAGACCCCCUGCAGCCCCCAGCCCCGCCCCCCAGGAGGGGAGGGCCUAGCCCCCACCCCCCCACCCACUUCCCUGCGUGGCUGCAGAAGAGGCUCUGAGUGGCACCGGACGUUGGAGAAGACCGGGACCCUCCCUCCCCUCCUAAACCCCUUCGCCGGGGACCCCCUUCGCCGGGGACCCCCAUCGCCGGGUACCCCCUUGCUGGGCGCCCCCAGCGAGAUCGCUGACUCAUCAUUCCUUAGACCGUAGGGACCAAAGGACCAAACUUUUUACUGGAGGCGCGCGAGGUCGCGAGCGUCCGUGACCCCCAGCGCGCGGAGGCGGCGGCCGAGGGCCCCACCCCCGGGCCAGGGCCGCCUCAGGGGGCCCCCCGAGGGUCCCACAGGCAGCAGGGCCCCCCCCCCCACCACCCCUUACCCCCACCCCGCCCGCCCGCCCGUGCUGUCGCAACGCUCAGUACUUGAAGGUGGAGGGGGCAGCGCCUCCCCGUGACCCCAAGACCCCCUCCUCCCGAGACCGCCCCCCCCACGCCCUCACCCCCCCUAACUCUUGCGGCCCCCCGCGACCCCCCCCCCCCGCGACCCCCUCGCGACGCGCGUCCCCUUGUGCUCCCCAACAGACCCCCGACUUUGCGCGCCUCGCAAGCCCCCUGCGCCCGCCCCCACCAUGACCCCCUAUCUGCACCCCCAGACGCGUCUCUCCCCCAGACCCCUGCGCUGUGAUGUAGGGGCUGUCAGGGGGUCCGGGGUGGUGGGGGUCGAGGUGAGACACGGUUUUGCGAUGCCCCCCUACCCGGCAUGAUGGGGGGGGGGUCCCCGAUUGGGGGUUGCCUGCGUGUUUAGGGGUUGCCUGCGUGUGACACCAGAAGGGAGUCGAGGUCGCUGUCGAUCCUUACGGGCAGACGUAGGAGGGGGGGGGGGUCCCUGAUCCCCCCGGCCCCGUGACCCCUCCGUGACCCCCCCCCCGCGCCGCACUACAUAUCAGGGGACCUGGGUGGAGUCGGUGUCUGGGUCCCCGAACCCCGGCGCGGCACACACGCACGCGCACGCACACACGUGUACACGCACACACGUGUACACGCACACACGUGUACACGCACACACGUGUACACGCACACACGUGUACAUAGACACAGCAGGGAGAGGGCAGGGGAGUGGGGGGGCUCGCGAGGAGCAGUGGCGAUUCUAGGGGAGGAGGGGGUUGGCCUGGGAAGGCUGUGACCCCCCUUGAUGAAUUGCAGUGUCCCCUGCCCCCCCCCCACCUUAUCCAUGUGCCCCCCCCCCCCAAACCAUUGAGAGGCAGUGGCUGCUCACGUUAGGGUUAAAGAGGUCAUCAUCACGAGCGUGGCCAAGCAUCGACCGCUGAGCGCGUGCGGCUGCCACGGGGCAGUCCCCGCGUGAGUCAUCCGCGGGGUUCGUCUAUCAAGUUCGCCACAGGCGGGGACCGUCGUGACGCCGGGCGGCAAACUCGGGGGGCCGCUCGUUCGGAAUGACGUCGCGAGCGAGGCGGCCGGCGCCGGCAGCGCUCUACGGCGGUUGCGUGCGGUGCGCACCGCAGCAGCGAGUUAACCAGGGCGGCCUGCCGGAACCGAACCGCGAAAGCUGUCUAACAGGGGGCGAGCGUGUGCUCCGGCAAGGCCACAUCACCACCGCCGCCCCCCCCAAUUAGACAAGGGGGGAGGGGGGGGGGACGAUGUUGUAACACGGUUUACCCCAAUGUCGUGAUUCGCUAGCAGCUGUUCAUAUUCCGCCAGUUCGCGCCGCGACCCCGGCACGGGCGCGGAACGCUCCGGCAGCGCGAGUCCCCUGCGGCGGCUAGUGCACUCGGCCACAGCGAUUAGCCGCGGCGGCCGCUGCUGGGCUCGACAGCUUUGCAACAACCGACCGCAACCCGCCAUCGUUUCCUUCCCUGUGCCAGAUAACACGCGCCAGCUGAUGGGUCGGCACGCGAGGCCUCCAAGCUGCGAGCUUCAGAAUCUCGCCCCACUCGGGGAGUUUCACACCGAGGCGGGGGGGGGGUGGGGAGAAAAUGGGUGCCCCCCCCCGACCCUCCUCCCCCAUGUGCCCUCCCCCCCUCCACCGCCACCCCGUGGUUACCGGGUCCUAGAAUCGCCACUGCGCGGGUAGUGAUGGCGAGGUGGGUGCGGGGACCGUGGUGAGAUGGGACGAGGCAGAUGAGGAGGAGGGAGGAAGGAGCAGUGCGGCUGGCGCACACCCGUGCCAACUCCCCGUUCCCGUGGCGGGAGCUCGUAGAGCGCGAGCAGCUUCGUGUACAAACGAGAAGAGAUAUUUUAAUGAGACCCGAGCGCGGGCCUACGUGUACAUACUGACAAAGUGUUAUUUAAUGAAUUACUGCAGUACUGAUGGUGACGAGUGUAUUGGGCGCGACUCCACACGGCUCCCUGCCGCUGCCCACGUGGGGUCGUCUGUGUCGGGGAAGGGGCCACCCAAGCCACUCGCCCACCGCUCCCACCCACCACGGCAUGCUGAGCACGUAGUGGGGGGGCUGGGGGGGUGCGAGAUGGCGGGGGGGGGGGUCACGCAUUGACGCGUGGUGGUGGAGGUCACGGGGUGCUCGGUCACCUGCCAUCCCUGAGCGCUGGAAACUCCACGUGGACAUUCUCACCUGGCUCCCCUGAAAUUUCACCUGGCCCCUGAACCUAUCCGACCCGCUGGACUCACCUGAACCCUGAACUUACGUGGCCUCUCUUACCUAGCCCCCGACCUCACCCGACCCCUGAACUUACCUGUUCCCUGGUGUCACCUGACCUCUCCUGCCCAAUCCCCCCCCCCCCCGCUUCGGGGUUAAACUAUGGAUGAAUCGGCGGUGUGUUUGGGGAUUAAUUGGGGGGGGGGUUAAUUGUCCUCGGGGGUCACACAGGGGUAUUUGGUGUCCACGGGGUUCAGGCCAGGCGGCACCGUGACUUCCCCACCGGGACUCUGGUCCCUUGCGUGGCACGGUGAACCCAAAGCCGUGGUGCGGUGAACCCAUAUCCGUGGCGCGGUGAACCCAUAGCCUUGGUGCGGUGAACCCAAAGCCUUGGUGCGGUGAACCCAUAUCCGUGGCGCGGUGAACCCAUAGCCUUGGUGCGGUGAACCCAAAGCCUUGGUGCGGUAAACCCAAAGCCUUGGUGCGGUAAACCCAUAGCCUUGGUGCGGUGAACCCAGGCGACAUAGUGUGGUAAUCCCAGUACCAAGAUGGUAAACCAGGAUACACAGCCACAAAAUGGCGUGGUAAACAGAGACAGGAAGUGGGGUGGUAGACACAGAGACAGGAACUGGGGUGGUAGACACAGACAGGAAGUGGGGUGGCAGACAGAGACAGGAAGUGGGGUGGCAGACAGAGACAGGAAGUGGGGUGGUAGACACAGAGACAGGAACUGGGGUGGUAGACACAGACAGGAAGUGGGGUGGUAGACACAGACAGGAAGUGGGGUGGCAGACAGAGACAGGAAGUGGAGUGGUAGACACAGACAGGAAGUGGGGUGGUAGACACAGACAGCACGUGGGGUGGUAGACACAGACAGGAAGUGGGGUGGUAGACACAGACAGGAAGUGGGGUGGUAGACAGAGACAGGAAGUGGGUUGUAGACACAGGAAGUGGGGUGGUAGACACAGACAGGAAGUGGGGUGGUAGACAGAGACAGGAAGUGGGUGGUAGACACAGAGACAUCACGUGGGGUAGUAGACACAGAGGCGUGCUACCGUAAACUUGGGCCAUGGUGUGAUAAACCUGGAGCUAUUGUAUGAUAAAGCUGUAGCCACCGUGUAAAGAAGGUGAGACAAGACAUGGUAUGUUAACCACAGAGACCGAACGUGGCAUGUUUAACACAUACAGGACAUGGUGUGGUAACCUCGAAUCUAUGGUAUGUAGGGUAAAACCUGGACCGCGAUGCGGGUAACCCUGGACCAUGGUGUGGUUAACCUGACCACGGGGUGGUUGAAUCCCGGGCGGUAGUGUGGUUGCCCCAAGGCCGUGGUGUGGUUGCCCCAAGGCCGUGGUGUGGUUAACCGUGAACCGUGGCGUGGUUGACCCUGGACCUUGGAGUGGUUGCCCUUCGGCCCUGGGCCGUGGUGUGGUUCACCCUGGGCCGUGGUGUGGCCGCUGUGUGCGCGGUGGGCCCCGCCGCCGUGCGCAGUGUGAAUGUCGCCGCUCGCCGUGGUGUCCGCUUUGUCUCGCGUGAAAUAAAGCACAUUUGAAAGGAGUAA